CAUUAAUAGAUUCUCAAUUACAGAAAGACUUUUGAUUGGCAACAAAAAAAAAAAAGAAAUGGCAAAUUUCAUACACAAUCCCAUCCAGCAGCGAUACUACUUCAAGAAGGGCGUUGCGUACACUGAGGAUCACAUUGUGGUGAAGAAGCUCUUUCUCUACAACGUAGACAACAAACUAACCAUUCCAGAUUUGCAAAAGUAUUUCGAGGACUUUGGAGAAGUACUGCGCCUGCAAAUAUUUCCCAGUAGAUCUCGAAUAGGCAGCAACUGGAAGCGAAGCAAGGCCCUUCGCUUGAUGACUGGCUACGUCUACUUUGCCCAAGCCAAAGAUGCAGCUAAAGUACUGCGCAACACAUCUCACACAAUCAACAAACUGCGAUUCUCAGUGAAGCCCAACGAUAGUUGGCAUCAACCCGAUGCAUAUGCAAAGCCGGAGCAUCUGGAUGAAGAGAAGAGUGAACAGUCGGCUGUACUCUUGACUCUUAAUGAUCAUUGUCUGGAGCACAUAAUGCGGCAACUGCAGCUCCCUGAUCGCAUUCGCUUUGCACGUACCUGCAAUCGCCUUCGCAGUGUCUACGUGCAGGCUUCGCCGGCGUUGAAUCGCUCAAUAAGCUUCGAUUCAUUUGAUGGCGCUACCGACUGGGAUAUGCGUGACUUCUUUACGCUCUCGGGUGCGCAUGUACAGCAUAUUGAGGGCAAUGUGCCGCCGGCUCGCUGCCAACGACUCUGUGAAUACCUGGGACAACACUGCUGCAACUUGCGUUCAAUGCGCGCCACGGCCAGCUAUCUGAGCACUCGGAACAUGCACAAGCUGUUCGCUCGCACCCAUCAGCUGGAGGAGCUGCAGCUGCGUGCUUGCCAGCUGCUCAACGAUGGACUUUUGGCGCUCAAGCGCUUGCGGCAGUUACAACGAUUGGAUCUAUCGGACAAUCGAAGGUUGACGGGCGUCAACAUGAACUUGCUUCCUCCGUCGAUUGUAUCUCUCACUCUGGUCAACUGCAAUGGCUUUCACUCGCAGUACAUGGCAAAGAUUUGUCAUGCACUGCCCAAACUGAGACAGCUAAACCUCCAUGCCGUGUACACGAUCACCACGGGCUUCCAACAGUUGGUGAGCAGCAACUGCGGCAAUGCCAUCGAGGAGGUGAUCAUUAGCAGCAAUCCAAUGCAUGAGUACGAGUACAUAGCCAAGUUGCCGCGCCUCAAGAAACUCGUGCUUUAUUACGUCGAGCCUGGCACUACUUUCCGACCCAUGCUACUCACUUGGCUAGUACAGCACAAGGCGCAACAGCUGCAACACUUUGAGGUACGUGGCCAGAACUGCAUUGACGGCGAGCUGUUAGUUGAGAUUGGCAAACUUGUUGGGUUGCGGAUACUCGCCUUACCACACAACAGUGUGAUUGGAGAGCGUGAAUUGGAGUCACUUAAAUUGCCGCAAUUGGAGCAACUGAAUCUCAAGUAUUGGCUAAAUUUAACCGAUGCAGCUGUGUUGCGGCUGCUGGUUGCCUGCCCCAAGCUGCAGCUGCUACACCUCGAGGAGUGUCCACGCCUCACCGAUAAUUUGCUCCACGAUAUCAUUUUCAAGUUGCGUCUGCAGCAGAGGGCCAAGGAACUGCAACGUCAACUGCCCGUUGUGAUGCACGUCCAUGGCAGCCGGAUCAACUGGUUUAAUGUGCAUCAUCCUGAUGUGACGGCAGCCAAAGAUGUUGUCGAUGUUUCGCUGGCACCUCCAUCGUCCUCUGAUUUGUACUUGGUAAGAAUGCCCAAUCUUUUCCAAUUCGAUUUCUAUCCCAUUGACGAGGAUAGUUUUGGAUCUGAAGAUGAAUUUGGUCCCGACUACGAUCCCUACAGAUAUAAUGCUGGUUUUUUCAGUGACUUUGACGAAAUCGAUAAAUGGGAAUAUCUAGCAGACUUUUGAUCAAAAGAAUUCCUACUAUUUAUGCUAUUUUAAUAAAUAAAAUAUAAAUAACAAUUCCGCAAGUAUAAUAUUAAAACU